AUGUAUCAACUGCCACGGACGCUGCAGGCGCACAGGCUUCCGCCGUCGGCUGCUGGUCGGCCAUCUGCCAACGCCAACGCCAAGUCCUCAAUUCUGCGGAGGCAGCGGCUUGUGCUAGCGCCAGCUUCUAGCGGCGCUGCUGCAGCCACGGCGUUAGCAACGUCCCGGACCGUCCAAGCAGCCCACGCCCGAUCUGAGAGGCACAUCGCCCGCGGCGAAUUCAGCGCCGCGGCUGGCACUGGCAGGGACGCCGGCAGCGGCAGCGGCGGCGGAUGUGAUGACGGCGCUACGGCCAGGGCCGCUGGUGGCGGCGAAGAUGGCGGCGGCGGCGCUGCACGGCUUUCAAGACCUAGUAUGCGUGUUAACGGAGCUGGAAAAGGCGGACGAAAGAAUGCAGGCUGCGUUGAGGGUCUGCGCGCAGGUGCCGCGGGCCGUUGCGGCGGAGCCACCGCCGGCACUGGCGGCCAGCGGCAUGCCCGCAGGUCUCCUCGCUUUGUGGGAGCCCCGGCGUCAACCUCAGCCGCUGUCGCGGCGGCGGCGGCUGUUCUUCGUACAGUCGCAAAUGUCGAUGCACCAGUAGACGCAGCGGCGACGGAUGCGGCGACGGUGAUGGCGACUGCAGCGGCGGCCACCGUGAAACUGGGUGAGGCCACAGCGCCUGGAGGUGUCCACGCAGCGGUCCAUCAGUUAAUAAACCGUGUGGCUGCCGUUACGACUGCCUCGACAGCCAUCUUCGAUGUCGCGGCCUCAGCCCAGGCCGUCAUUUCAGCCGACCGUACGGCGGAGCCGCGGCCAAGCGUGAGAUCCAGUACGAGGCGGCGGAAACGGCGACGGGUCCCGACAGAGGAAGAUGAAACCGUUGAUCAUGACGGCGGCGGGCAGAAGGUCACAGAGAUGGCCGCCGCCGCCACUGCCGCCGCCACUGCUGCCGCCGACGCCGGGGCCGCUCCCGCCGCUUUCACUGCGGGCGCCUCGUUGGGCGGUGACAGCACAACGCGAGUGGAUGCUGGUGUCCAUGUACGAGGUGUUGCCUUAUUGCCAAGGACGGUGGAGGACGGGGGUUGCGUCGCUAAGAGAUUGCGGUUAGGGGAGGCAGCGGGCCCGCCGCCGCGGACAGAGCCAUCACCGUCGCAGCCUCCGCUGCCGGCGCCGCUGCCAAUUCCGCGGCCGCUGCAGGCGGCGGCGGCGAUGGCGUCUACAGCACGGAACCUGAGGAAGGCUCCGAAGCCUGCGCCUGCUCCGCCGUCGCCGCUGGCCCCGCUUGUGCCGAGGCGACCGCCAAUUCAAGGAGCAGCCAUUGCUGCCGCCGCCGCCGCCGCAACCGUUGUGGGCACCGCCGACGUCGGCUGCGGCUGCGACGGCUACUGCCGAGAGGGCGUGUGGGCGCUGCGGGAUGAGUCAAACCUCUGGAGGGUGGAGGAAAGGCGGAAGGUCAAAGCGGACCUUGCGGUGGCUGGGCCUGGCGGCAAUCCUGACAGCGGCCAGAACGGGGCAGCAGCAGCAGCAGUGGCGGCGGCGGCGGCGGCGUCAGAAGCACCCGCGGCGGCGAUACAGCAGCAGCAAGAGCAAGAGCUUGCGCAGGAGCUGGAAACGGAGCCGUCACGGCCGUACAUCGUGCCGUCACUCCGAGGGUGGUUGUGGCUGUACGCGGAUUUGUUGCAGCUACUGCCACAGCCGCUGCCGUGUUUCCUGCCGGAGCCCACUUCCGCUGCCGGCUGUGCUCUAGCGGAGGCCGCGGAGGCCGCAAUGGCAGCAGCGGCGGCGGCGGCGGCAUUGAAGACUUCUUGGGAUGGGCUCCGCGGCCCCGGGCCGCUGGCAACACCGCCACUGCCGCCGCCACCAUCGCCACAACCCAACACCACGACGCCCUGCCUCGUUUGUACUUCGAAGGUUAAGCCCAUCGGCUGCGUACGGCAGGACGGCCGCUACGUUUGUCGUACAUGCGCAUCGCGCAUGAUCCAAAUGCCAAUCGACCUGAAGACCGGCAGCGGUACCGGUGGGACCGCGGCGGCAGCGAACCUGAUCAGUGGUGGCGCCGGCGGCAGCAUCGGCGAUGGCGCGUUAUCAGCCAGCAGCUGGGGUGGUGUCGUACAUGCCGUACAGCUGGAGGUCGAGUGGUCGAGGGAUCACGUGGAGGCGGCACUAGGGCUGGCGGAGGCGAUGCUGAAGGUCGCGUCGCUGGAGAGGCAGGACAACGGUUGUGCUGCCGCCGCCGGUGACGACGGCGGCGGCAGCAGUGGCGGUGCGCGCCCGAGGCAGCCAGAGAAGAGCAAGCGAGCUGGCCAGCGGAAGGAGUGA